CUACCCCUAGCGGCGAGGAGGAAGGCGGGGCGUCUCUUUCUCCAAGCGGCGAUGGCGAUGGCGAUGGCCGCGAACUCCACCGCGCGAGACGCCGCCACGGCGAUCUUCUGGAGAGAUGUGCCAGUGACGAUGGCAACACAGCACUCGUGAAGAGAUGUUUCCCAAUCCUUCGCAGCAUGAGCAAAACGCGAAUGCCGCCGCCACUCACUCCAAGCAUUCGCCGGAGAAUGCCGACGCCGCAAAUCCAGUUUUUCAUUUCCAUCGCCACUCCAACUCCAAUCCACUCGACAGCAUUCUCAUCACCCGCCUCCAAUCCGGCCGCAGCGCUUCGGCACCGCCACCCGUGCCUCCUUCGCAUCCUCUUAUCCGCGAUUUCCACCAGCAUUCCUCCUCUUCUUCUUCUUCCUCCUCAUCUUCUCCACAGCAUAUCUCUCUCGUUGCUCCUCCAGUGCCUUCUUUGCCUCCACUGCCGCCAAGUUUUUUGCCUCCUCCCCGAGCUCCGGUCCCAAGGCCGCCAAAUUUAUCGCUCCCCCGGCACAGCGCAGGCUCGCACGCUGACGACGAACCAAUGUCGAGUGUUACCUCGCUUCACCUUAGAACUCCCAGCCCGUCAACAAGGUGGCAGCCCUUCCCUCGGACACCAAGCUUGCCUUCUUCUAGUCCUCUUUCCGGGCCCUGGCACGGUCGAAACUCCAGAGAAGUAAGUCCGCAUGGAUAUUACUCGGACUUUGGGGAAACUUUAACGACACCCGGCCCUUCCAGUCGUCCAAGCGCUCUAUGCAGCCAUCAAGAAGAGGUUGAGGAGAUCGUAGAGAGAAGACAAAGCAGGCCCGAGCAUCAGGAAGGUGUUCCUCGAAGCAAAGUUGCCGUCGGCAACAGUGACUCGCUAGACGGUGGCGAGCAAGCAUCAGUUCUCGAUCCAAUUCAGGGCUUGAAGUCAUUGGAAGAGGCAGUCUCCAUUGGACAGCCCACCAUGGCAGAGUAUUUCUUGCAUAGGGGUUAUAAUCCGGAUGGCGAGGUAGAUUCCAAGACUCCUCCCUUGAUUCUUGCUGCGGGGCUUGGGAGGGAGAAAAUAAUCAAAAUGCUUCUUGCUGCUGGAGCAAAUAUAAACCGUCGGGACGUGGAUAACUCUACCGCACUUCAUCACGCAGCAGCCACGGGCCAUAGAGGGGCGGUCAAGCUUUUACUUGUGGCUGGUGCUGACAUAUUCUCCACAAACAGCGACGGACUUCUGCCUGUGGAUCUGACUCGUGACAAGCGCAUCUACGAUCUUCUCACCAGUCGGAUGGGACAUAACUUGUCUCCAACAACGUUACGUAGGGGAGAACGUGGUCCAGAAGAACUGUUCAGCCCAAACAUAUCCGAAAGAGCUCACGACGAGGAGAGCCUCAGUGGAAGUGACGGGCUGGAGAGUCCCUCGCGUAUUAGCCAUCUAGUGCCGAAUUCGUUCAUAAGACCUCAACAAGAGAAGCCGCAAGAGAAAACUGAGGAGGCAAACAUAAACCAACACGAACCCGUUGAAGCCGAACGAAAGAGAGAAAAGAAAUCCGUCAAGUUUAUACCUCCAACGGAUGAAGAACUCUCGUUGAUUCGGAAAGACUGGCACGAUGCCGCCCGAGCCGGGUGUGUUGGCUGUGGAAACGAAGGAUGUGAAGGGAAGUGUCUGCCACCAGAGAAUUCUCCACGGGAAGAAAAAGAAAAGCAUCUCCAAAUACGCGGAUCAUUUCGAUGGACCAGGGGUGAACUGCUUGGUGAAGGUGCUUACGGAAAGGUCUUUGCCGGGCUCAACCAAACGACUGGCGAGCUCAUGGCAGUCAAGCAGCUGAAGAUUGAACCCACCGACGGACAAUCAAGAGCCGUUUAUCUAGCUUCUCUGGAAAGAGAGAUCGACUUGUACAAGCAGCUGAGGCACAGACAUAUCGUGGGAUACAUCGCCAUGGAACAGGACGAAGCCAACAAUCUCCUCUACAUUUUCCUCGAAUACGUGUCAGGCGGUUCCAUCCAAAGCAUGUUGGAAAGAUUCGGCCGUUUCAGCGAGUCCUUGGUUAGAAUAUAUACGCGCCAGCUUCUACUGGGCCUGGAGUACCUCCAUGCCAACAAAAUCGUCCAUCGAGAUAUCAAAGGUGGCAACGUUCUCGUGGAUGCAGAUGGUGUUGUGAAGCUAGCGGAUUUUGGAGCCUCCAAGGCUUUCCACGAUCCAACGAUCACAGACGGCUGCAAGUCAAUACGGGGCUCCGUGUUUUGGAUGGCCCCGGAGGUUAUCAAGGGCGACGGCUAUGGGCGGCGUGCCGAUAUCUGGAGUGUUGGCUGCACAGUCAUAGAAAUGCUUACAGCCACGUACGUAAACUGUUCUCUUCCACAGUGGUUCUUUGUUCCACAAACUUGCGAGCUUUCCAGACAUCCGUGGCCCGGAAUCGACAACACCUGGACGGCAAUCUUCCACAUUGCGAAAGCCAGCAGCGGGCCUCCAGUACCAGCGGACGCAUCAGAAGGUGCCAAAGAUUUCUUGCAGCAGUGCUUUAACUUGGAAGCGAGAUCGCGACCGACUGCAAGCCAGCUUUUACUACAUCCCUUCGUGGCACAAGACUGACAAGAACACGGCGAUCAUGUUUUCGCUAAAGAAACUCUGCGAAACAGUUUGCAGUGAUCAAAGUAAAUACAUCGUUUCCAACUACGUACAUGGUUCUCUCUGAGAAUCUUACUCUUUCUUUUCCAGGCGAGCAUUGCACCCGAGCGAGCUUGCACAUAUCAUCCAAGAUCGCGACCAGCUCCUCGCCUACUUCAUGUACUUGUUCAAGAACUUGCGAUGGAAAUCACUCCUGAUUGUAUCGUU